GUGUUUGGGGAGAAGCAGCAUCACGAGCUGUGCCCGGGAGGGGCCAAGCGGUCGUUGUCGCAAGCCAAUAAGCAUGAGUUUGUGCGCUUGUACACGGACUGGGUUCUUAACGUGAGCGUUGAGCAUCAAUUUGCUGCGUUCAAGUACGGCUUUAUGACCGUCAUGGCUCAGUCGGCGACCUUGCGCAUGAUUGAUGUGUCGGAGAUGCGGGCAUUGAUCUGUGGCCUGGAGGACUUGGAUCUCAAUCAGCUGCGCGAGGUGGCGCGGUAUGAGGGCGGUUACAAUGCCAACAGCCCAGUUAUCAAGUGGUUUUGGGAAGUGGCCUUGAACUUCAGCGAUAAUGAAAAGCGGGCCUUCCUGCAGUUUACUACAGGAACGCGGCGUGCGCCGGUUGGCGGCCUGCGUACGAUGAAGUUUAUCAUUGCCAAGCAGGGCGCGGACUCGGAGCGCCUGCCCACCUCCCAUACCUGUUUCAACGCUCUCAUGAUCCCAGAGUACUCUAGCAAGGAGAAGUUGGAGCAGCUACUGAAGAAGGCCAUUCAGUAUUCAGAAGGGUUUGGCAUGCUCUAG